UUGUAGAUGCAGUAAACAGCAGCAAUGGAUGUUUCUUGUUGGUUUGCUAUACUGUGUCUCGUUACUCGAGUGUCUAUGCAACAUUUCAGAGAAAAUGAAUACAAUCUAGAUAAUCCUAAGAAAAUUCCGGGAAGCAAGAUGUGGUGCUACAAACUGAAGCGGAAAGUUCAAACUGUUAUUGUGAAAAAGCGAGUGUGCACUAGCAGUUCCUUGUGCACUUUCUUGAGAGAGUCCGAGGCAUGUAGAAAUUGCAGUUAUGUAGAAAGGCAAGAGAAACAACUACGUCUAGAACGAGAUGAUGGACCUCCAUUACUCUCCAAAGCACUAGCAUCAGAGUAUCAGAAUUUCUCCUCUCCACUGUAUCCAGGAAACUACCCCCAUAAUGUUGAAUGCAUUUGGUUGUUCAAACCACCUUCAAAACAACGAAGAAGACUCACAGUCAAGUUUCUUGAAAUCAAUCUGGGAGAAGAAUCAGCUGAUUGUGAAAUGUUUGCUCGUGAUUUUGUGCAAGUUCGGUUCAUAUCCAGAAAGAAAAAUCCCAGGACUGUGUUUCCUAACAUAAAGAAAAGAAGAGUUUUCAAAACCAAACUAUGUGGAUCUUCGUUACCCAUGAGCUACAAGAGAACUCGGCUGGCACAUGUAGUAGAAGUAAUUUUUAGGAGUGAUUCAUUGUACUCAAGCAAAGGAUUCACAGCUGUGUUUCAAGGAUUUGAUGAAACCAAAAGCAAAACAAUCCUUGUUCAAGAGCCAGGCGAAUCCUUAUCAAGCAAUCUUCGUUAUGGCUUAGUCUGUUCACGCAAUGUAACUAAUGGUUCACGUUUGAUCAGUAUUGUAAAUGGUAAUAAAGGAGCCAUUCUAAAAGUUUCAACUGCCAAAGAUACAGAUGACAAGAGACAGGCUCAGUUACAUACAAACCGAACUAAACUCAGUGAAGCAGUGGAAUUGUAUGAGAAGUAUAAUGGUGACUGUGACGUCAGAGAUCCAAUUCUAAAGGAUAUCUUGGAAUCCACUAAGUCUGUUGACUGGCAUGCUGUGCAAUGGGAUAGCGUGUGGACGUCCCCAACUAGCACUGUACUGUAGAAAUCACAAAGCGUCAGACUACUAUACUACCUGCUACAGCUGUCAAGUGACAAGGUCUCCUGAUGUGCAAAAGUAUGUCCCAGCAAUAUUGAUAUAGAUAUACAGUAUCAUUGGUAAAUAUCUAGCGGACUGCCUCACAUUAGCUAUUACAAGUGCAGCUGGUGUUUAGUUAAUUAAGCAACAUUGUACAUUUCCUUACAACUAGGAUAGCUUGGUGCUUGUGUUCAACGUUUACAUCAGUCGCUAACCAGUGAAAGCAGUUCUUCUUGUAAACGUUUACACUUUUUCUGUGCACAGUGUAUUAUUCUGAUUUGAGAAGCUCAAUAAAAUAGCAAGCUA